GUAUUCAUUGCUUGCUGCGAAGAAAACAAAAAAAAAAAUGGCGACGGUACCUUUGUUCACCCAGUUUCCAUGCAAAACCCAAGUUCCAACCUCUUCGAACUCCAAACUCCAAUCAAAAUCUCCGACUCUAGUGACCGUAAAUCCAAUCAACAGGCGGACGGAGGCUAGAACCGCUGUCCAUCGGCCGGAAUUCAAGGUCCGAGUUAGCGACGUUAAUGACGAGUGGGGUCCUGAUUCGUCGGAGAGAGGAUCCAACGUGUCGGUGGCCGAGAAAGAAGCAGAAGAAGCCAUUGAAUCCGUGGAGGAAACGGAGCGGCUAAAGAGAUCGCUAGCGGAUUCUUUGUACGGAACAGAUCGAGGUCUUAGCGCAUCGAGCGAGACGAGAGCCGAGAUCAGUGAGCUGAUCACACAGCUUGAGUCCAAGAACCCUAAUCCAGCGCCCAACGAAGCUCUGUUUCUCCUCAGUGGCAAAUGGAUUCUCGCUUACACAUCGUUCGUUGGUCUGUUCCCGUUGCUCUCACGUAGAAUCUCACCGUUGGUCAAAGUGGAUGAGAUCUCACAGACCAUUGACUCCGACAGCUUCACCGUACAAAACUCUGUACGGUUCGCUGGUCCGCUUGCCACGACAUCGUUUAGCACCAAUGCUAAGUUCGAAGUCCAAAGUCCUAUGCGCGUCCAGAUCAAGUUUGAGCAAGGUGUUAUCGGGACUCCUCAGCUAACGGAUUCAAUUGAAAUCCCUGAAUCCGUGGAGGUUCUUGGUCAGAAAAUCGAUCUCAACCCCAUCAGAGGAUUACUCACAUCUGUCCAGGACACGGCUUCUUCAGUGGCUAGAACCAUUUCAAGCCAACCACCACUGAAAUUCUCUUUGCCUGCAGACAGAGCCCAGUCGUGGCUGCUCACUACUUAUCUUGACAAAGACCUUCGGAUCUCGAGAGGCGAUGGCGGAAGCAUCUUUGUGCUUUUCAAAGAAGGCAGCUCUCUCUUAAACCCUUAGAACAUUGUAUAGCAAAUUAUACUGAACCAUGUCUGUAUUUAAAACCAUGUCUAUAUUUAAUAGUAUUGUACGUGUUAUUGUUGUAGAGUUAUGAUGGUUUUUGUAUAGUCGGGGUUUAAAUGUUUGUUAAGUUUUGCUUAUAAAGUUAUAAAAGGUGUCUGAUUCUGUUAUUA